AUAGAAUAUGCCGUAGCACAAAUUUAAAUUAUAAAGUCUCCACCUUUCACGGCCAUUGGCCUUCUCUGCACCGGCCAUGUGACAGAAAAAUGAGAACUUUACAACUCCGGUGGAAAAAGCCGGCGAAUAUAUCAUCAAACACUCCACUUUCAUUUGGCCCUUUCAAUUCCACAACUCAAAUCCGGUGGAAGAAACCGGCAAACACUGCCCAAACCCGCCUGGAAAACCGGACCCGCGACCCGAAUCUCGACAAACUCACAGCACACUACCGGAGACUCAAGCUCAUCCUCAACCUCUACGACGUCGUAUCUGCAAGAAAACGCGGUCCUUUUCUCUCAGUGCAGUCACUCUCCAAAUGGGCCCCACAUGCCGGCAUUAACACCAUUACCGCCGGUGAUCUUCUCCGGAAAUACCCCCAUAUUUUCGAGGUAUUUACACACCCCAUUAAGCGAAAUUUAUGCUGCAAGUUUAGGGAGAAAUUUGUCAUUUUGCUGAAUCAAGAAGAUGAUGUUGUAUCACAAAAUGAAGAUGAAAAUGUAAUGAGAAUAAGGAAAAUUUUAAUGAUGUCUGUGAAUGGGACAAUACAUUUGCAUGCUCUUAGAUUGUUGAGGACUGAAUUGGGUUUGCCUGAAAACUUCCGGGACUCGAUAAUAAUUAAGUAUGAUGAAGUUUUUAGGAUGGUAGAUUUAGAGGUUGUUGAAUUAAUUGAUAGAAAUGACAAAGAUGAGAGUUUUGGGGUGGCAAAGGUUGAAUCUUGGAGGAAAAAGGAGUAUACUGAGAAAUGGUUGAGUGAAUUUGAGGUCAAAUAUGCAUUUCCUAUUCAUUUCCCUACUGGAUUUAAGAUAGAACCAGGUUCUAGGGAGAAGUUGAAAAAUUGGCAAAGACUUCCUUAUGUUAAGCCUUACGAAAGAGAACUCACGUAUCACUUGAAUCCGCAAACAACUGAAACCAUGGAGCCAUCUUCAAGAUGUGAUGAGUUAACGUUGAGGUCAGCAGUUGUUGGGAAGCGUACUUUUGGAGGUGUUGAGCGGUAUGAGAAGCGAGCUGUGGCGAUUAUUCAUGAAGUUUUGAGCUUGACUGUUGAGAAGUCGGUGCCAGUUGAAAGGUUGGCACAUUUUAAGAAGGACCUCGGCAUUGUAGUUAAUAUUCGUGAGCUGUUGUUGAAGCAUCCUGGGAUAUUUUACAUAUCCACUAAAGGGAUUGCUGAGAUUGUUUUUCUUAGAGAAGCAUAUAGUAAAGGGUGUUUGAUUGAGCUGAACCCAAUUUAUGAUUUGAGAAGAAAUAUGUUGGAUCUUCUCUUGUUAGGAAACCGUCAUACGAGUGAAUUGAAAACUGAAAGGGAACUGAAGGAUGAACCUAAAGACAUGACAGACGAUGAAAAUGGAUGGGAAAGCAGAGAGGGUGACUUUGUUAUUCCAAUUUUAGAGAGUUUUACUGAUCACGAGGACAAUGACAAUAUGAACUAGAAUGAUUACUUCUCUCUAAGGCAGCUGAUGGCUUUCUGAGAUGGAAAUCAGCAAAGAGAGUGUAGGUAUUGCAAGCUGGAAUUUUCUGCAAACUGACAGAAAAUUAUGUAUUUGUGCUUCGCUGUACUUGCCAGGAACCUUUGUUAUUUCAGUUGGUGCCUGUGCUUAAAGAUUAUGGAUUCUUCCUUGUCUUCAAUUAUGUAUAAUCUCUAGCGUUGUAGCUCUUCAUGUUGUUCAUAUCUGAUAAAUGCAUAUUCCAGUUCCGUUUCUGCCA